GCUGAGACAUAUACAAAGGUAUCUGCAUGAAAAAGGCGUAUUCAUAUAUUUUCUUGCUAUUCCCUAAGAAUCUAGCGGUUUAUCUAGUAUAUACUCCUUUCGAAUCUUAAAUACACGCCAGAACAGCUUUAAGGAGAUAGACAACCCGCAAUGGCGUCCACGUCCCGGAUCGUCCUGGCGUUCGAUCUCUUCGGGACGAUUCUUUCCACGGAUAGCGUAGCCGAGAAACUAUCUGGAUUUGUGGGGGAGGAGAAGGCCAAACAGUUGGCUACAGUAUGGCGCCAAUAUCACUUGAGCUAUUCGUGGAGAUUGACUUGUAUGGGUCUGUAUGAGGAUUUUUCAGUUCUUCUCCACCGAGCGUUUCUGCAAACACUGGCAGACCAAGACGUCCACCUCGACGACUCGGCCAUCAAGUCAGUGUUGGCCGUGUACGACUCCCUAGCGGCAUAUCCGGAUGUUGAGCCAGCACUUCGGACCAUCCAGGGCCAUCCAAACAUUCAAGCAGUGCUGUUCAGCAACGGCACACCCAAUAUGGUGGCGUCGUCACUGUCCAGCUCUUCCGGACUGGCUGGUCUUGGGAAUGUCUUCGAACAGAUCGUCUCCGUCGACGAAAUCAAGACAUUCAAGCCUGCCAAAGCAACAUAUGACCUCGUAGCGAAACGAGUCGGAUUCGAUCCGGGAAAGGCGGAAGACAUGGCACGGAUCUGGCUGGUUAGCUCGAAUCCGUUCGACAUCGUCGGUGCUCGCUCUGCGGGAAUGCAGGCAGCGUGGGUUGAUAGGCUAGGAAAAGGCUGGACUGAUGCACUCGUGGCUGGGGAGAAGGGGAAGCCCACGGUAAUCCUGAGGUCGCUGGAGGAGAUAUUUGACGCUGAUAAGGGAGUCGAGGCCAUGGUAAAGCGAAAGUCCAGUUAGAGCAGCUCCGUCCAAGAACCCCCCCUCGAGGACUUGGAUGACCGGAAUUGGACCAAUAGUGCUAGUAUCAUGACCCAACAUCCCAGCUCUUAACUCUGCUCCAC